CAACACGGCCGUCCUCCGUUGACGUCGGUGUCUGCGUGCAGCUCGUGCCGCGUCUCUUGCACAGCCAUGAUGGCCUCCGCCGCUACCGAGCGCAACAAUAACAACGAGGAACCCGGACUUAACGGGUCUUGGGUAGAGCUUGAGAUGAACGGGAAUGGAAAUGGGAAUGGAACAACUGCUGCUGAAAAUGGCAACGAGCGGAAUGGGGGCCUGGAACAUGUGCCUUCAUCAUCCUCCAUUCACAAUGGAGAUAUGGAGAAGAUUCUUUUGGAUGCACAACAUGAAUCUAGCCAGAGUAGCUCCUCUUGUGACAGUCCUCCUCGACCACACACGCCUGAUGAUGAAGGACAAAUUUCUUUCGAUGUGGAAAUGCACACCAGCCGAGAUAACACUAGCACACAGUCUGAAGAGGAAGGCAUCGACAGGGAAAAAGAAGAGGACAUAUUGCUAAAGAAAAGUGCUGAUUGGGUAGCAGAUUGGUCUAGCAGGCCUGAAAACAUCCCUCCUAAGGAAUUCCAUUUUAGACAUCCCAAGCGCUCAGUUACUUUAAGUAUGAGGAAGACAGGGGCGAUGAAGAAAGGUGGCAUUUUCUCAGCUGACUUUCUGAAAGUCUUUAUCCCAUCGCUGCUUCUUUCCCACAUCCUGGCUCUUGGUCUUGGUGUUUACAUCGGGAAGAGACUGACAACACCCUCUGCCAGCUCCUUUUGAGCGGGAAGUGCCUGCCGCCCACCCGCCAGCCAGACAACUUGUGUUAAUAUGUCAGUUUGUACAAUGACCUUGAGCAUGACCCUUCUCAUCUCACAUCACAACACCUUCCACCCCUGUUUGGGCACACCAUUCAAGGGAGAGCUCAUCGCAGAAAAACAUCUUGUUAUCUUGCUCACUUCUCCUUUGCUUUAAUCUUAUUUUCAGUUAUGACUUAUUCUAGUCUCGUUUUCUGCUUUAGUUGUGAACCCUAAAUUUUGCACUCGGUGGGAGAAUUCAUACGGGGUGCCUUGGUGAAACGAACAGAGACACUAAAUUUGAUCAGUCUCUGUUGUGGCUGACAAGGGGUCAUAAAUCAGGGCGGUAAUACAUAUGUGUAAACUAAAUAGCUGAAGAAAUUACAUUACUUCUUAAGUAUUCUUUAGGAAAAUAUUCUCAGUUGCAAGCAUAAUAAAAGCUUAGAAAUCAUCCUGUAUAAAUAGCCAAUGCAUGAAGCUUGGCUUGUGAAAUUUGUGAUGGAGAAAGGUAUUCAAUUUUGCAGUUGUUCUUUUCUGUUUGUAUUUUCAUUUACAUUAAGACAAUUGGCAAAUACCCCUAAUCCAGCGCAUUUUCAUUAUUUGUUGGUGUUUUUCCCCAGGGAUAAAUCCCUGAAUUCCCAACAGGGCUGAGUAAUUCAAAAAGGCCUUAUUUGUUGUGCAUAUAUGCACUUUUGACUUCUUUUGAAGAGUGACUGUUCUAAAUUUUUGUCAAGCCUGAUCCUGUUGGCUUGACAUGGCAAAUCUAAGAGAUGAGGCAGAGUUUGACAAGGUGGGGAUACAAGGCAGGCUGAAUCCUAGAGGGUUUGUAGAGCUUGCCGUUUUUAAGAAGAGCUGCAUCUGGCCACAAGACCAGACGUAGAAAGGCUAAUUUAAUUUUUUAAUGCCAAGCAGAAAUGGUCCAAGCAGAGUAAUACUUACAUGAUUGCAGUCUUAGUGGAAAGAAUAAAGUUGAGUAGUUACCAAACAUCUAGACCUGGUCUUAAGGGGUAAAGGUAGAGAAUGAUAAUUUUACUGUUGGUGGGAGUGUUGUUCAGAAAUAGGGUAUCUGUGUAAGUACUUCUCAAUAUAUCCAUGAUCAUCUGAUAGGGCAUU